AUGAGGACUCGGAUGAAUUCUAUCCAACUAAGUCAAGAACAUGGUGAACAAGUUGAAGAGAGCCAAGAUGAUGAUGAACUAGGCGAAAGCAUGCAAGAUGAUGCUCAACGAGGUCAUGGAAAUGAAAGACCUGCUAUACUUGAACUCAUACUUCUUUACUUUCGUGAGGUACAACUAUUUAUUGUAGUUGGUGUGAUAGGGGAUUGGUUUGAACGGUGUAUAUACAAUGGUACUGUUGAUUAUGAACGUCAAAACACACCACGCAAAUGGAGUGCUUUGUACAGAAAGAUAUCUAUGAUGGAAAAUCCUUCUGUUAUUGGUGCGUCUACUGUUUUGAACCGAUGGGAAGAAGAAGGGAAAAAACUUACUAAAUGGGAACUUUCUCGUGUUAUCAAGGAAUUGAGAAAGUAUCGAAGAUUUUCACUUGCUCUCGGGGUAUACGAAUGGAUUCAUGAACAAGGAGAUAGAUUUCGAGUUUCCACCAGUGACACUGCAAUUCAAUUGGAUCUAAUAUCUAAAGUCCAUGGAGUAUUAAGUGCCGAAGAAUACUUUUUGAAACUUCCUGAUACUGCGAAGGACAAUCACACAUAUGGAGCUCUUCUCAAUGCUUAUGUACAAGCUAAAAUGAAGGAGAAAGCUGAAUCCUUAAUUGUUGAUAUGAGAGACAAAGGUUACGCCAUGCAUUCACUUCCUUUUAACGUGAUGAUGACUCUUUAUAUGAAACUCAAAGAAUACGAAAAAGUCAUUGAGAUGAUAACAGAAAUGUUGGAGAAGAAUAUAAAAAUGGAUAUAUAUUCGUACAACAUUUGGGUAACUACAUGUGGAUCUAUGGGAUCUGUAGAGAAAAUGGAAGAAGUUCUUCAGCGGAUGAAACUCGAUAGUUCAAUCUACCCUAACUGGACUACGUACAGCACGAUGGCUACAAUGUACAUGAAUAUGGGGCUAACUGAGAAAGCCAGAGAUUGUUUGAAGAAAGUUGAGAGUAGAAUCACAGCUCGUGAUCGGAUCCCGUAUCACUAUCUCCUCAGCCUCUACGGUAGCUUGGGUAGUAAAGAAGAGGUUUACCGAAUAUGGAAAGCUUACAAAUCAAACUUCCCUAGCAUUUGGAACUUGGGAUACCAUGCAAUGAUAGCUUCGCUAGUGAGAUUAGAUGACAUUGAAGGAGCACAAAGGAUUUUUGACGAAUGGCUUUCUGCUAGGUCAACAUAUGAUCCCAGAGUUAGUAACCUUAUCAUGGGCUGGUAUGUUAAGAACGGAUUGCUGGAUGAAGCCGAGGCUUUUCUUGAAAAUGUAUUUGAAGUAGGAGGUAAAGUAAACUCAAACACUUGGGAGAUUCUUGCGGAAGGUUACAUUGCGAAGCAGCAAAUUUCUGAGGCUCUAACUUGUGUGAAAGAAGCCGUAUCAGCUGAAGGAGCGGUUCACUGGAAGCCGAAGCCUGCAAAUAUCUCCACUUUACUUGCGCUCUGCGAUGAAGAAUCUGACCUGGAAAACAAGGAGGUUUUGUUUGAAGUAAUGAAACAAAUAGGUUGUCUGGACAAUGGUAAGAUAACUGGUGAGACUGAAUCUGGUUCUAGUCUGUCUUCGGAUAGAAGUUAUGUAGACGAUGAUGAUACUGAAUCGAAUUUGCUUCUCAGCCAAAUCCCGGAAACUUUGUGAUACCACUGUAACCUUGGUCCAAGCUUGCCAUUUUUUGCCUCUAUUUUCACUUGAAAGCACACAGGUGGGCUCCACCAGAUGAAGGGUUUAUGUUGGUGCUUUUGUGUUCUUGAUUAUGAGGCAGGAAUGGAUCACAGAUAAAUAAUAAAUCUAUGGGUAUUUUUAUAUGUUUCAAAGAAGCUUUUCGCAGCAGUGUCAGAGCAGUUAUUUUGAUUAGGUUCCAUGAAAUUGCAUGCAAGCAACUGCAAAGACGACAAAGUGAGGACAUUUCUCUAACCAUGUGCAAGCUGAUGGAAUGAGCUUUACUGCGACUGCGAGAGUGUGUAAAAGAUCUCAUUUGCUCAUGUGAGUAGGACCCACUUUUCCUUUUUUGGACCAAUGUCGCCUAUCUAUCUUCUCAUUAUCUUAGAAGUUUCAUUUCGUCUGCAUACAGAAUUUUAAAUUCAUUGUUUGCGUCUCUGAUGUUAGGUUCCAAGUCUACUGCUGAAAAUAUAGAAAAAUGGAAGCACCAUCUUACUGUACCUCUGCUGUUUUAAGGAUUUUGUUUAUUCUGCUCAAUAAACAAAAUGCUUUUAUUCUCGUGUAAAAAUCUCAUGAUAGAGUCCGGAGCUUGGUCGACUCUGUGAAGAAUCUUAUUUCUUGGUCGACCUGUGAUAGUGUCUUAUGUCUGCCUCAAAGCUUUAUUUUUCACAUGAAAGAUUCA